AUGUCAGACAUUGAUUUGGAUUCUUAUUAUGAGGCACUAGGCGUCAAGACUCCAGAAGAAAUAUUGAAAGAUUGGGAAAGGACCUCUCCGCCAAGAAAAUUCGGAGACAAUUCAGAAGAGAUCCAGUAUAAUGGGUACGUCAGAAACCAACUAGCUGAGAAAUUGGUGGCAUUGUACCUUAAAGACCUCGGAAGCAUUCUCAAGAAAACAUACAUCGCACAGAAGAAGUCCCAUGUAGCUUUAGUUCAACGUUUUGAGGAAGAGGUCUUCAAUACAUGUCCUUUCCAUUCAGAUGUAACCCCUUCUGAUGCUUUACUCUGUGAUCGGAUUCGGGAUGCGGCCAAGCCAAAAUUGCAAUGUUAUCCUGGUAGAUCAGAAUGGAAAAAGUGGAAGAAUGCAAUUGAAUGCAUCAACUUAAAGAAGACUAUCCUAUUUUGUGUGGAUUUAGAGGCUUACGAACGAGAUACAAAUAUCGUAACAGAAAUCGGUAUUACAAUUUACGAUCCUCGAGAAAAUUUUGACCAUUCUGUUUUACCGUUAACACGAAGCUUUCACUUCUGUGUCGAAGAGGCAUAUGACCUUAGGAAUGGAAGGUUUGUUGACGAUGCUAAGGACAAUUUCAUAUUUGAUGAUUCUCAGAUAUUACCCUUAGAUGAGGUCGUAGAACUUGUCCAAAACCUCAUUGAUAAAUACUUGAUUCCACACAACAGAGCGGAACACUCUUGGAAAAGAGCAUUGGUUGGGCAUGGUAUAUCAGGGGAUAUUAGCUGGCUAGAAUCGUUGGACAUAAGAUUACCGAAUAAUGUUCAAACCUUGGAUACCCAAAAAUUAUUCGAGAAUAUGUACGGAAGACAAUCAUCACUCAAGAGGCUACUGAAUUUAUGCAGAAUACCACACUCCUACCUUCAUAACGCGGGGAAUGAUUCCUACUACACUCUACAGUUACUUUUGUCAAUGUGCGAUAUAGGAACAAGAAUCAAGUUGGAUUUGGACAAUUGGCAUCAUGUAAGAAGAUUAGAGGAGAAUUUAUAUUGUGUGGAGCAGCUCGAAAAACAAGGGAAGCGUAAAAGAAAUCGUGGAAACAAUUUCUCACAACGCUAA